CGGUUGCUCGGUGCGUAAAAAGAGCUGUGGAUUACCUCGUCAGGGGGCAGCAGACCUGCUUUCUGUUAAUUUAGCAGGCAUUUUCCUCACGCUAUUAGACGUCUGUGUGAUACGUCAACUUUUUAAAAGUGUUUUUUUUUUCACUCCCCCUUCUUCUUCUUUGGUGCUUCGGACAGCUUUUAAUAACAGAGGCGUGUUGCUACGGCGAGCUCACAGCAAGCUUUGUGUCACCUGGCCGUAGCAGCUGACUCGUGUCCUGUGGAGAACGGAGUUGCCAAGGGAAAACUAGCGGUUGCUAGUUAGCAGGUCAGCCACUUAGCCCGCCAGCUAGCCUCACUGUCACACUAAAGUCCCACCCUUACCGAGUGCGUGAACGUCGGGCUGCAGCGCUGAAGAAGACAACAUUUUUUUUUCCCCUCCCCUGCUCUCUCUGAACUUAGCCAGCAUCCUUUUUACACCCGGCUGGCAGGAAAGAUUAGCCCCCUUCCGAAGGUUAGCUUAGUUAGGUCUCGCUAACGGAAACUGGUCGUUUUUCACGUUCGGAAAGGCUUUUUUUUUCUCCCCCUCUCCUUCAAUGAAGGGACACCGAUAGAAGGGACUGGCUUAAAAAAAAAAAGACGAGGCGAAAUAAAGACAACAAGGAAGACACCGAGGAGGAGGUGACUGGCUUGUGUAGCCGGGGAGACGCAAUUGUGAACAUAUCGAGCAGCUACCAACAAGCUAAAGACAGCCAUGAGUAUUGAGAUACCGGUGGGGUUGACAGAACUGCUGCAGGGCUACACAGUGGAGGUGCUGCGACAGAGGCCGUCGGACCUGGUGGAUUUUGCUGUACAGUACUUCACCCGCUUGCGGGACACCAGAAGUCAGGAUGGGUCCGGCGUGGGCGGCAAACCGGGGAAAGGGGUGAUGUUCGACGGGGAGCCCAUGCAAACGGAGUCCAACGGCGAGGACGACGACGACGAUGAAGAUUCUGACUUUGAACCUCCACCGCCGAGCAGAUUCAACAGGAGAGUGUCAGUUUGUGCCGAGGCGUUCAACCCAGACGACGACGAUGAAGACACCGAGCCCAGAGUGGUUCACCCAAAAACAGACGAACAGCGCUGCAGACUGCAGGAGGCCUGCCGAGACAUCUUACUUUUCAAAACACUAGAUCAGGAGCAGUUCUCGCAGGUGCUGGACGCCAUGUUUGAGUUGAAGGUCCAGCCGGAGGAGCAUGUCAUCGAUCAGGGGGCCGAUGGAGACAACUUUUAUGUCAUAGAGAGGGGUGUGUUUGACAUUAAGGUAUCGGGAAAUUGUGUGGGUCAGUACAACAAUAAGGGCAGCUUCGGAGAGCUGGCGCUCAUGUACAACACGCCACGUGCCGCCACCAUCGUAGCCACCCAGGAGGGAUCACUUUGGGGCCUGGACCGGGCAACGUUUCGAAGACUCAUCGUUAAGAACAACGCCAAGAAGAGGAGGAUGUACGAGACUUUUAUUGAGUCUGUACCGUUGCUUAAAUCACUGGAGGCAACAGAGAGGAUGAAGAUAGUGGAUGUAUUAGGAAUGAAGCAGUUCUUAGACGGAGAGCGCAUCAUCACACAGGGAGAAAAGGCGGACUGUUUCUACAUCGUAGAAUCUGGAGAGGUCAAAAUCAUGAUGAAGAGCAAAACAAAGGCAGACCACGCAGACAACGCGGAGGUGGAGAUAGCACGCUGUAGCAGGGGCCAGUAUUUCGGGGAGCUGGCCUUGGUCACUAACAAGCCCCGGGCCGCCUCAGCCUACGCAAUGGGAGACGUCAAGUGUUUGGUAAUAGACGUGCAGGCAUUCGAGCGCCUCCUGGGCUCCUGUAAGGAAAUCAUGAAGCGGAACAUCGCCCACUACGAGGAGCAGCUCGUGGCUCUGUUCGGAUCCAGCAUGGACCUGAGAGACUGAGCCUCCCACUCCACCCUCCGUGCCUUCUUUUACAAACACACCGACAAACACACACACAGACAUUAACUCCUCUCCAACAUCAGGAAGCGGUUAAAACGGACUCCUAAGCUUUACACGUGGUGCACAAGCACGGGAAAGCGUACUUGGCUCACCUGCAGGUACAUAACUCCUCGGUUUUCAAACACUCGGCCCUCUGUCACACACAAACACACGUGGUAGGCACUGAGAGACGCACACUCCAAAAUGCGUGCUCGCCCUCGAGCCCAUCCAAGCUAAACAGAUUCCUUGAUAAGCGGACUUUGGUUACAUGCACAUUCUUAAACACACCCCCUGCUACAGGCCACCCAAGUUGGCUGCUUGAGUCAGUUUCAACUCCUCAGUAAUGAAUGUCUUACCUGCGGUGACCUUAUGCAGGCAGAGCAGCGUAAGGACACGACCGUCGCAGACACACUCCAAGCACAUCCACAACCACACCAUGGAGCUUCAUACGUGCAGGCUUUACCGUCACAUGAGCACUUGAACAACUCAGAGUUGUUCCAAGCCUCAGCCAAGGACACAUCAGAAUAGAGGCGCACACAUUGGGUGACAGGUACAGAUACACACACACACACACACACACACACACACACGCUCACACCAUGGAGACGAAUAUCGUUAAAAAUCUCUGAAAAGGAAGACAAAUCCAAAAAAUGCAAAAAAAAAAAAAAGUUUAAAAGACAUAAGUUUUAGAAACAUUUUAUGAAGAUAAAAAGGCUUUGAUAAAAUAUUAUUUAAAUAAAAAAGUGUUCCCUCUUUGGGAGGCUGGGGGUGCAGAACUUUGUGAGCGCACUCCGUUUUCUUCCUCUGCUGUCGUUGAUUGAGUUGAGUUAGUGCUGGUGAUUGUUGCAGUACCAUGGAGGAAGCAGUGAAAACAACCAACCUACACCUUCUGGGCCAUUGUUAUUCUGUCAGACGCCACACUCCAUUGUAUUGAAUUAAUUAUUAAUGUAUUAUAUAUUCUUUUUUUUUUUUUGUUUUUGUUUUUUUUUUUGUUUUACGUUGACAAGUUCUGGAUAAAAAUUCACCAUCCAUCUCUGACAAAAUGUAAAAAGAGAAAAAAAAAAUCUAAUAAAAACACAUUAGUGCUUAAUUCUUCUUGAUUAUUCUUGAAUGAGUUGUCCUGGAUUAAAAGAAAAAGCUGAAAAAUAAAGUAAACAUUUUGGUAA